CACAGACUAGAGCGAAUUUUACAACUCACUUCAUCGCUCGCUAGCUUGCGCGGUGGUCGUGUACCGCAGAUGACUCAAUUCUAACCUUCUGUAGAAUUGUUUACAAAAUAAAGUCUAACAGUACCCUCAAUAAUUAAAACUUUUGUAAUAGUGAAUUAUUUUCUAUUUUGCCGUACUUAGUAUCUGGUGUUUUACAAACUUCACUGGCCCCGAUGGAGUAAGCGAUCAUGGGGACCUGUUGUAGUAAGGAGCCGGGGCCUGUGGAACCUUACGUUCCGUCACCAGGCCCGGUGCCCUCCACGACACGCGGCGUUACUGAAUCGCGUGUGCCUGCACCUAAGUUGGUCGUCGAUCCAAGAAUCGUAGAUGAACUAAUUUUUGAGCUGUUGGCGUUAAUAGCUUCCUUUGUUGACAAUGAGGAAGAAUCCCCAGUUUCCUUGGUGAAACUCCACGUCAUAGCUGAAAAGGAGGAAGGAUGGUUCCAAGUAGUAUCCUCCAUGGUACGGAUUAUACCACUCGAAAAUCCUUUGGGGCCGUCUGCCAUCACCAUCGUCUUCGAUGACUGCCCUCUACCCACUAAGGAGCAAGUAAUCAAACUUACCCAAAUCUUCGGGUUGUCAGCGAUGCGCGCCCUCGCUGCCGACAUAGACGUGCAGGUUGAGCGCAACAUAUGUGUUGUGCUCGGGUGCAUCGCAGACAAGUUGGCCGGCCCCAACAGCAUUGCCGUGCUAACUGAAGAAACCCUUGAUUAUAUGCUGUCCUUCCUGAUGUUUCGUCGAGAGCCGCGAAUCGUGCUGUUCGCCCUGAUCGCCCUCGAGAAGUUCGCGCACACAACCGAGAACAAACUGACGAUCAAGGAGCGACUCAACAAAGAAGAUGACAACCCACUCCUGCUCCUAGAGCGACACUCUAACAGUCAGGACUAUACCUGGCGCCAGGUCGGAUUCUGUGCUAAAUGGGCACUCGACAACCUGUUUACCGUGGAAGGGCGUUGCCUAAGCUACCAAACUGUAGAUAUGUCUAAGAUCCACGCCAUCAUGAACACUCAGGAUGUGAGCGAAUACUUGAAAAUCUCCUGCGAUGGACUGGAGGCGCGUUGCGACUCCUACUCCUUCGAGAGUGUGCGCUGCACCUUCCCGGUGAACAGUGGCGUUUGGUACUACGAGUGCCUUAUCAUUACUCCAGGCGUGAUGCAGAUAGGAUGGGCUACGAAGAGCAGCCAUUUCUUGAACCAUGAGGGUUAUGGAAUCGGAGACGACAUAUAUUCUUUGUCGUAUGACGGCUGCCGUCGUUUAAUAUGGCAUGGGGCCAAACCGACCCCCGUGCCUGACGUGGAGGGAUGGCGUCCUGGAGACAUUGUGGGAUGCCUCAUCGAUAUGGAAGCUGAAGAAGCGAUCUUCACCGUCAAUGGAGCACACGUCCGUACUUGCACACACCUCUUUGAAGUGUCUCGUUCCAAUAACGUUGACAUAAAACAACCCAGUCAAGGUUUCUUCGCUGCGGCCUCGUUCAUGGCGUUCCAGCAGUGCCGAUUCAAUUUCGGAGUUGAACAGUUCCGUUUCCCUCCCGAUCGUCCAUUCAAGAUCUUCAAUGAACAUGGAUCACUUACCGACGAAGAGAAAAGGGUGGUGCCUCGCCGCAUCACCCUGGAGCUGCUCCGCGCUACUGCCGUGAAGGAGAACGCUUGCACACUCUGCUUCGACGCCGACUCCUGCUGCAUUCUAGAACCCUGCCAACACAGGGGAUUCUGUUCCGUAUGCACUUCCCAGUUGAAGGAGUGUCCGAUGUGCCGCGCUGCCAUCUUGAGGAUCCGUAUGGAGAGUACAUGACCAGAAACGGACGCCUCGUCUAGCAGCGAGGUGACCAACACGGUCACGUUCAAGGGCUCGCCGACGCCGCCCUUCAACCGCCGCGCGAAGAACCCGUCCACGCCCCCAGGGUCAUCGUCUUCCUCAAACCUCAGCUCCGUCUGGUCUCCCACCGUACCAGCCUCCGACUACCCUAACGACGAAUACGAGAUUGCAUACGUAAGAUAUCCCUAAGCCACUGGCUGCUUGUCACACGUGCCUCUACUAUGUGAGUGUUGUCCUGUCUCUCCCAGCAUCGAGUACAUAACCUUGCAGUCGACUGUACCAGCUCAUAAUAAAUGAUGACUCAAAUAUAUCUUGAUUUAUCUAACAAUUGUUUGAUUUUACAGUUGUUAUGUCGUGUCUCAAGUCUACUGGACGUAACAGUCAUACAGUAAUAUAAUUGAUUGAUUUAGAAGUGAACUGUACUGACUGUGAAUCAUACCUAAUUAUAAAAAUAGGUAUACCUAUAUUAUAUUUUGAUCUCAUUUGUAAAUUCACAUCUCUAUAUUAGCGAUGUGUCAUCAUAUUAUGUUCUAUAUUCUCUCACACUCAUUUUUCCGUCCAUUUCGCUCUGUUAUCCUUCCAUUGCGCUUGAGUCACCAGCUGUAUAUAAAUGCUCAACACAAGAUAUUAAUAAUAGUAUCUUAAAACUUUAUUUUUAAAGAGAAAAUUAAUUUUCUUCCAUUAAUUUAGUUAUGUACUCGAUGUAAAAAAGCGAAUGAAUAUAUUGAUUUGAAUGGUCUUACAAAAUGUUUACAUAGAUAUGGACAGAUACAUAACGACAAACAGCAUCGUGUAUAGACGGAUAUACAAACAGAAUAGUCAAUGAUACUAUUAUCUCACUUCCUGUGUCAUCCGGAGUGUAUCUCGACGCUAUCAACUAAACGGAAUUAGAUUCCGUCGCUGUCAUUGCUUGUUGCUUCUUUUUAACGUAUUUUGUUUCAAUUACAGAAAAUUAAAAGCGAUCUUAAUUUGCAAGACCAUCAAAAAAUAUAUAUUUUAUAUCGUUUGUCCAUUGCCACAUACAAUUUUUGUAUUAGUGUAUCCGUGGUAUGCAGUAGUCCGUUCAAAUACUCUAGCUGAGUACUAGUAAGUGCUACGGUUACCGUAUACUAAGUAUUCAAAGAAUAGAUAUUAAUUAUAUUGACAAUAUUAACCGUGGCACUUACUCCAAAUAGCGCUUGGUACCCGCCGAUCUCAGAAUGUAAUUGCCGUCCCGUGUUUAUAGCUUGUCACGCAAACGAAAGAAAAUCACUUUUUUAACAUGCAGCAAUCAAUCAACUUUAUAGCCAAUUUUCAGUACAUUAUUACCUUUUUUUCUCAUGCUCGUUAGUUGAAGCAUUUGUAACAUAGCUCAUUAUUUACACUGCUAGAUGUUGUGUUUGAGAAUGGCAUAGUAUUCCUGUACAGUUGUUAAGUAUACAAGAUAGUAUAUAUGCUA